AUGUCUGCUUUGAGGAGGAAAUUCGGUGAGGAGUACCACGUUGUCACCACCACUGUAGGAGGUGGGUUCUUCCCUUCCGUUAAAAGGAAACGGCAGAGGUUUGUAGACAAGAAUGGCCGGUGCAAUGUCCAGCAUGGGAACCUAGGAGGAGAGACCAGCAGAUACUUGUCCGACCUCUUCACCACCUUGGUGGACCUGAAAUGGAGGUGGAAUCUGCUGAUCUUCAUCCUCACCUAUACCGUGGCGUGGCUGGUGAUGGCUUCCAUGUGGUGGAUCAUUGCCUACAUCCGAGGGGAUCUAAACAGGGCUCAUGAUGACACCUACACCCCAUGUGUGGCCAAUGUCUAUAACUUCCCCUCAGCCUUCCUCUUCUUCAUAGAGACAGAGGCCACCAUCGGAUAUGGCUUCAGGUACAUCACUGAGAAGUGUCCUGAGGGCAUCAUCCUCUUCUUGUUCCAGUCUCUGCUGGGCUCCAUUGUGGAUGCUUUCCUCAUAGGCUGCAUGUUCAUCAAGAUGUCACAACCCAAGAAGAGAGCUGAGACCCUCAUGUUUAGCCAGAAUGCGGUCAUCUCCCAGCGUGAUGGCAAGUUGUGUCUGAUGUUCAGAGUGGGCAACCUCAGGAACAGUCAUAUGGUGUCUGCACAGAUCAGGUGCAAACUCAUCAAGGUAAGGAGGAACACACAAACAGUCGGGGGACAACCCUUUAUUACUCCCGGGGUACCUCAAAUGUCAUUGUUUGUACGUUCAACACUGGUAUUCACUUGUGUUCAAGGAGGUGCAGGGAUCACCUAG